AGGCCGCGUUGGACCGUGGCUCCAUCCGGGGGACCCGUAGCCCCGCCUUCGCGAGCGUGUGCACGCCGUACGCCGCCGGCCCCGCCCCCAGGUCCCAGCCCCAAGUUCCGCCUCCAACCGGGUCCAUCCUUUUGUGACUCUCCGCGCCGCCGAGACUUGAACUGCGGACUCUCAGUUCCCGCGGGAUCCCUCUGCUCGCACCCAUGAGAGCCUCAGACCCAUCCCCCGAGAAUCUCUUAGCCCUAAUCUGUACCCGCAGCCCCGCACCUGGCUCCCUCGAACCACUCUCUCCACCCCGUCGGUGGCUGCAGGCAUGACUGUGAUUGGCUGGGCAAGGGGUGGCCCAGGGAACAUCACUGAACCGCGCGAAAGAGGUCACACAGCAAACCAACGGAAAAAGAAGGACACGCAAGGCUUUGGGGAGGAGUCGAGGGAGCCCAGCACAGGUGACAACAUCCGGGAGUUCUUGCUGAGCCUCAGAUAUUUUCGAAUCUUCAUCGCCCUAUGGAAUGUCUUCAUGAUGUUCUGCAUGAUCGUGCUCUUUGGCUCCUGAGCUCCAGAUACAGAACCAGAAACCUUCUCAGAGUGUCUCUUCCUCCAUUCCUGACGACUUCAAGAAUGUUUCUGCCCAGAAAACCGGUGACCUUCCCAGAAAGUCCAAGCUUGUGGUGGGUGGAAAAAAUGUUCGCCAAGAUGAGCACAGUUUCCCAGCCACGUCACUGUUUUCUUUUCAAAGAUAUUUUCACUUUGAUCUCUGCCUUGAAAUGCUGUCUACUUAAAAGAGUUUGAAGGGUGUUUAUGUGAGGGGCUGUGGUAUCUACAUUGUUUAAUCAGAUCAGAAUCCUUCUUCUACCAAACUUUCACUGGAAACCCAUUUCUGGGUAUUUCUUGGUUUGUUUUUAAUAACCAUCCUUUUUUGGUUCAAAUUAUACAGAUUUUUAAAAAUCUUUUUUAUCCAGGGAUCUGAAGCAGAAAGGUUGGCUUUUAAGUUUGAUGCACCCUCUUAUUGGACUGCAUUUGUGAGGAAUGAACAAGUUCAUAGUUGCUGCGUCUGUGUCCAAAUUCCUUCCCCAUCCCAAUGGGCUCUGCUUGGCCACUCCAUGCUGCUGAGGUUGUCCCCAGGGCUUGAAGGGUGAAGUGUUACGGGUUCCUGUGGAAGAGAGGUGCAGAGCAGUUGGCAGGGUGGAUGGGGGUUUUAUGAGAAACUUUGCCUUGCCUUGAAGCCCUCUAUUAAAGUAACUUUUGGGGCCAUUAAUUGUAUAGUUUCUAGAAUGAGAGUGAUUUAUGUGGUGAUAUUGGGACUCAGUUCUGAAAGCUUGGGUUUUGGGGUCUGCUUUUCAAGUGGAUGAUUUCAAGGUUGAAAAACAAGCCUCAUUGGAGGAAAUACAGCAUUUUGCAUAGAAGCUUCUCUGGUUUAAUCGCCAACAUGACACUUGGGUGGUCAGUGCCCGGAUCCUAUAGGUGUUUGAUUUAUUUGUUGUGGUUUUUGAAAUCCUAACUUGCAGGUAACCUGGUGGGAGGAAUAAAUAAAUAUGCAGGCUCUUAGAACUAAACAGUAUUGAAAAUAAAGCUCAUUUAUGAAAAGGACCUUUUGUUUAUACAUUUUUUAACCAAGAAGUCCUUUGUAAAUUUUUUUUAUUUUUGUUACUUUCAUCGGGUUUUUUUUUUUUUAAUUAUUGAAUAUAGUUGAUGUAAAAUGUGUUAAUUUCUACUGUAGAAGUUGACUUUCAGUUUGAGUUGUUUCAAAUUACACUGUGGGAAACACCUAGGAUUCAUUUAUUGUGGAGGCUGUCAAAAAGUCAGAAAAGAGGCAACGUUAGAUACUCCUUUUCAGUUUUUGUUCAAUAAAUGUUGGGCAGGAAUUGGGCAAAUACGAUUUUGACGGGCUGCACCUGGAAGAAUCGAACGAGUUAGUGAUAAUGGUGGGAUUUUGCUAGGCCAGGGCCAAGUCCACUUGUCCUCCUGCUCAGCUAAUUCAUUCUACUUCAUAGCUUCUGUAAUUUAUUCCCUUGUCAAAUCUGGGCCGAGUAUCACCCCGUGGUUUGUAAGUAGCCGGGAACAGGGCUGCUGAAUCGGGCUGCGCGCAGGCCGGUGUUCUUGUCAGCAGGAACGGAUGUGCCAAGAUCUAGGCUGGUCAGUCCUCAAGCCAUAUGAGUGAUGUGAGCAAACCUCCCUGCCUUACUCAGACCGGCGCUGAGGUUUCAAUGAGGUGAGGCGUUUGUGUGUCGUGGGGAUGCAUCGAGCUCGGAGAAGAGAAUGCUGUCAUUAAGACUUUGUUUCAAUAGUUGUAUUUUUCACCGAAGAACUAUUUUCUCAUUGUUCAGUUCUUAUAAGCAGUGGAGCUGCGGGGGAUGCACAUCAAAGGCUGUUGUCCAUUUUUAAAGUGGCAACUCAUGGGUGUUUAUCUUUAGGAGGCUUUUCAAGAACCCGCAUUGGCACCAAAGGUUACCCAAGUUUGAAUUUUGAGUGCGUAGGGUCCCACAGCUUGUAAGUGCUCAUGUUCUGGGUCAGUUAGAUGUGGGUUCAAAUCCCAUCUCUGCUUCUUGCUCAUGGGGCCUUGGCUGGUUAUUUCUCCUCUCUAAGCCUCAGUUUCCACAUCUUUAAAACAGGCCUGAAAGUCAAACCUACUGGUGUUAUUAAAAGGUUCAGUGAACUUGAAGGUGAGCCAGGUGCUUGACUGGGUGGCGCCCAGUAAGCACUCAGUACCUAUGGGUGUCCUCACUGCCCGAAUUUUCUCUCUUCUUGCCUACAUUCAUUCAAGCAGUCCACACACAGACCGUUAAAGGAGCAAUCACAUCAUUAAAAAAAAUUGGAAACAAUUUCCAGCAUGGAAAACCUUUUCCUGUCUUCCCAUCCCUUUUCUAGCAUUUUUCUUAUACGUAUUGGUAUAUUCAGCAUAGUUCCAACAGCGGUAAGGCAGUUUGGGUUCUGCUGUUUUCUUUUCUUUUUUUUAAGUUAAAAUAUAGUUGAUUUACAAUGUUUCAGGUGUACAGCAAAGUGAUUCGGUUAUACAUAUAUAUAUAUAUUCUUUUUCCUAUUCUUUUCCAUUAUAGGUUUUUACAAGGUGUUGAAUGUAGUUCCCUGUGCUAUACAGUAGAUCCUUGUUGUUUAUCUAUUUUAUGUAUAGUAGUGUAUAUCUGUUAAUCCCAAACUCCCAAUUUAUUCCUUUCCCCUUUGGUGACCAUAAUUUUUUUUCCAUGUCUGUGAGUCUCUGCUGUUUUCAUUUUGACAUCAUUUCCUUCAUAUUUUCUGGGCUGCCAGAGAGGCUUCAUGGGUCUCAUUUUUAACUGUCGUGCAGCGUCAAUAAAUCUCUUUUUAACCUUGGCCCUCUCAUAUGUACUUUGAACUUGUACUUUAUCCGCUGUUAUAAAUGCCACUGCGGUCACCAUUGUUGUGACCUUUGCUGGCUUCCCUCACUGGUACUUCCCAGAGUACCCGGGAAGGCUACGUCGUCCUGUACCACCACUGUAGCUUUAGCGGCUUUUGUUUGUUUUAUUUUGUUUUAAAGUUUCUUACUACCAAUGCAUGUUCAUUGUAGAAAAAUUAUGAAGUCCAGCUUUGCUGUAAGGGAAAAAAUCACCCGUAAUCACUUUUCCCCAGAGAGCAUCACUCUGGGUACACAUUCCUCUGGCUCUUUCUCUAUGCAUGUGCACUGGGUAUGGUAGAUACCUUUUCUCUGUCCAGAUGGUAUCUUUGUAUCUUCUGGCCUGCUUUUCUCACCUGAUAAUAUGAGCACAUUUCUGUAUUUUUACCAUUCUUAAUAAUUGCAGAUAAGCCAUUGUAAGGACAUACCGUAAUUAAUUAACUAGUCCCCAGCUGAUGGAGACUUGAGUUGUCUCUAGCGUUUGUCUAUUAUAAAUAACACAGCAAUGAACAUCUCGGUGUAUCAUCCCUAAUGGCUUUUUGGGGUCACUUGAAAAAAGAGAGCCCUACUCAAUAUCUUGUAAUAACCUAUAAUGGAAAGGAAUCUGAAAAAUCUAUAUAUAGUAUGUAUUUAUGUAUUACUGAAUCACUUUGUGGUACACUUGAAACUAACACAACAUUGUAAAUUAUAUUUCAAUUAAAAAAAACUGAUAUAAAAAGAACAGUCCACCUUAAAAAAAAGAAGGGAUGGUAAAAUGACUAAACUUAUUAAAGAAACUUGCUUUUAAAAAAAAAAAGAGAAAUCCACGUUGACAACUUUAGGCUAAGAACCCCCAGCCCCCAAAAACGCAUCUUUGACAACUUACUUCUUUGUCUUUGUUUACUUAAUGUUCAUUCGUUCCUAUGUAUGUAUGUUUAUGCAUACGUACAUACAUCUCAAAGACCUGGGUUCUAAGUCCAUAUCAUCUCUGACUGGGAGCGAUGUCCAGCCACUUAAGUAGAUUAACUUUGCUUAAUCUGUGAGUAAGGAUGAGGUUUUCAGCUCCACCCAGAUAACUGUUUCUUUAUGACAUCACACCAGCUGGCUUUCCACCUUGGCCUUGGUAGUUAAGGAUCUUACCCACCAUCUAAGUAAUAAAUAAAUGCCCACUAUUGCUCAUCCUGGAGAACGUUACAUAGAGUUGCUGCCAAGGUGAGAAGCCGCACGUGGAGAACAAAAAGAAGGUAGAAAUGUGCAGCACAAGCCCUGGAUGCAAACUUUGGGGUUCAUAUUGGAUAUACCCCCUUUUGCUUAGUCCACGCUUGCCGUGUUGAGGAGUGAACCCCGUCUCCUUUCUCUAGGUUUCUCAUUGCACUUCAGUUCCAGAUGCUCUAGAGCAGAACUCAGAAACUAGGGCCUGCCAGCCAAGUCUGGCCCACUGCUUGUUUUAUUGGUACCCAGCCACACCCCUUUGGGUAUGUGCUGUCUACGGUUGCUUUGGCUGCUUUCCUGCUACGGUGGUAGAGUCGCGACAGAGACUGGCCCACAUAGCUGAAAGUACUGGCAGUCUGGCCCAUUUACAGAACAAAUUCGCCGACCCCUGAGCGAAGGGAUGAUGGAGAGUCUCAAGGUGCCCCUUCCUCCCAAAGCCACUCAGGUGAAAUAGUCUGCAUGCCUUGUGGUCUGGAUUUUAAUAAAGACAUGUACAAACUUGAUGAAAAUGGAGCUGGCCAUUUUCAAGUGAUGUGGUUAACAGAGCAAACCCAAUUUUACUUCUUUGGAUAGUUAGGGAAGAAAUCUCUCCGGGCUCCCUGGGAUUCCUCUUAAGUAACAGUGAGAGAUGUGAUAAUGAGAUUGGCUCUCCACUGAAGUGGUUAGAUUAGAAAAGUCAACGAGGCAUUUCCUUUUCGUGUCAACCAUUUUUAUUGUCUCCUUCUUAACCAAAUUUGAGUUUAUGAAAUAUUUGACAAACCAUCAGGAAAACCUGAUGUUUUCCCGCAUUGAUGAAAGACGAGUGCUGUUUGUGUAUAAAGCAAAAGGCAUGCUAUUAAAAAAAAAAAAAAGAUGUAAAUUCUACUUGGGGGUUUGUUUUCACCAUUCCCUUGAUUUUCAUUAUGCAGAGGAAGGCACUUUACCCCCUUCAAGCUCCUUUCUAGCACUUGAGAGUUCCUAGAAAUGAGUUUGGUAAUAGCAAGUGUUCCUGGAUAAGAAAUUGGGCAAAGGGAUCUGUAGCAAAUUGGAAAUUCAAAGUCCACAUUUUUCAGUAAGAAAACGGCAAGGGCUCAUCAUCGUCUGGCUCUGUGGCUUUCUUUUUGGCCAGUUGGGUGGUUUUGGAUUAGACCAGGGGUUAGCAAGCUGCUGCCCACAUCUGGCUCCCCGCCUGUCUUUUUACUGCCCACCACCUGUCUCUUCAUGGCCCGGAAGGCAGAAUGGUAUGUUUUUAAAUGGUUGAAAAACAAA